AUGACCGCCAAGAAGUACACGUACGGACGCGGCAAGGGCGGCCCCAAGCGGCGCCCGCUGCCCCUGAACAAGACGGAAGCGCUGCGGGGCAUCUCGAAGGCGGGCAUCAAGAGGCUGGCUCGGCGCGGCGGUGUCAAGCGGCUCUCGGGGCUCAUCUACGAGGAGACGCGCGGCGUCCUCAAGGCGUUCCUGGAGAAGGUCAUCCGUGACGCUGUCUUCUACACGGACCACGCGCGGCGCAAGACCGUGUCGGCGCUGGACGUCGUGUACGCCCUGAAGCGCCAGGGGCGCAAAAUCUACGGCUUCGGGGGCUGA